AAUAUUUAAGAUUUAGAUUAUUCUCGCACCAACCGCAAAAUAAAUAUAUAUUUUUUCACACACUCGCACCUAUCCAUCACAUCACACUACACAGUGGUUGGUUGAUUCCUCUCUCGCAACUCGCAAGCAACAACGAAGAACGAAGAAGAAUGGAUGAUGAAGUUAUUCAGCGAGUGUUCCACGAAGGAGGACGCGAUUUCUACCAGCAGCAACCUUCAACUUCCUCCAUCCUGCAAUCUCUCCCACUCCAUGUGUCUUUUGAUCAUGGCUAUUAUUUACUGGUAAAAUCUAUCCAAGAACUACGUGAGAAAAAGGAAGGCCUUGUUACGGUUGGAAUUGGUGGUCCUAGUGGCUCUGGAAAAACAAGCUUAGCAGAAAAGGUGGCAUCCGUUAUUGGUUGUACUGUUAUAUCAAUGGAGAAUUAUCGUGAUGGAGUUGAUGAAGGGGGUGAUCUGGAUUUUAUAGAUUUCACGAGCUUGAUCAAGAAUCUUGAGGAUUUGAUAAAAGGUGAUGAUACAUUAGUCCCAGUGUUUGAUUAUCAGCAAAAGAGACGUGUUGGCUAUAAAGCUAUAAAGAGUACUGCAUCUGGUGUGUCUCCAGAGGGAUAUUCAAGUACUGCCUUUCAAGGGAAUGAAUCCCAAACAGAUAAUUGUAUUGAAAUGUACCUUAGACCACCUUCCACUAGUGAAGAAGCAAGGAUAAAUGAUUGGAUCAAAGUGCGGCAGUCUGGAAUUAGAUAUUAUUUAUCACUUGGUGACCAGAGGAUUGUUGACAAAAAUUUUAUUAUCAGGCCUAAAGCAGAGUUUGAGGUUGGACGAAUGACAUUGGGUGGAUUGUUGGCUCUUGGAUACACAGUUGUCGUUAGUUAUAAACGCUCAUCCACAACUGUUGAUAAUGGCAAGGUUUUGGUGUCUUUUGAAACCAUUGAUGCCCUUGAUGAGACAUUCAUGGUGAUGAGAGGAACUAAUAGGAAGACUGUUGGAACAGAAGCAAUGAGGCUUGGUAUCAAUGGACCUUGGAUUACUAAAUCAUAUCUUGAGAUGAUCCUGGAUAAAAAAGGUGUUCCUCGCCUUAAUACACCACCACUGGUGACUAAUACAUCUGUGCCUGGAAGUCAAGACACUGCAAUCAUUGCACCAAAACCAAUUCGCGUGACUCCUGACCUUGUUACGGGAUUGGAGGAUUUGUCUCAGCCAUGGACUCGGUCCCCAACAAAAUCUAAAAUGGAACCUGUUAUGGCAACAUGGCAUUUCAUAUCUUCAGAUUCUUCCCACCCUGACAACUCAGUCCUAGAUCCUUCAUCUUUCAGGGAUACCAUUAGGCUUGCUCCAAUGCCUGAGUCAUAUGACCUGGAUAGGGGAUUGCUUUUGGCUGUUCAAGCCAUACAAGCUUUGUUGGAAAAUAAAGGUUUCCCAGUCAUAGUUGGAAUUGGAGGUCCAAGUGGUUCUGGAAAGACUAGUUUGGCUCAUAAAAUGGCGAAUAUUAUUGGAUGUGAAGUGUUAUCCCUGGAAAGCUAUUAUAAACAAGUAAAGGAUUUCAAAUAUGAUGACUUCAGCUCUCUUGACUUAUCUUUGCUAUCAAAGAAUAUUAGUGACAUAAGAAAAGGCCGAAGAACAAAAGUACCAAUAUUUGACUUGGAAAGUGGUGCUCGGAGUGGCUUCAAGGAACUUGAAGUUUCAGAAGAUUGUGGAGUGAUAAUUUUUGAAGGUGUCUAUGCUUUGCAUCCUGAUAUCCGAGUAUCACUUGAUUUUUGGAUUGCUGUUGUAGGAGGAGUUCAUUCACAUUUGCUUUCACGAGUUCAAAGGGAUAAGAGUAGAGUGGGUUGUUUUAUUUCCCAGAAUGAGAUCAUGAUGACGGUGUUUCCAAUGUUCCAGCAGUACAUUGAACCUCAUCUCGUUCAUGCACACCUUAAAAUUCGAAAUGACUUUGAUCCUGUGCUUUCUCCUGAGAGUUCAUUGUUUGUGUUGAAGAGUAACAAGAAAGUAGCAUAUCAAGAUAUUCUUGCAAUUCUUGACCGAGCAAAAUUUUGCAGUUCUGUUCAGAAAUUUAUUGAUAUUUAUAUAAGGCUGCCUGGGAUCCCUUCUAAUGGGCAGUUGACAGAAAGUGAUUGUAUUCGAGUCAGAAUAUGUGAAGGAAGAUUUGCCUUGCUGAUACGUGAGCCUAUUAGAGAAGGAAACUUCAUCAUUCAGCCUAAAGUGGAUUUUGAUAUUGGCAUUAGUACAGUUGCUGGUCUUCUUAAUCUUGGGUAUCAGGCAGUUGCUUACAUUGAAGCCUCUGCAUUCAUCUAUCAGGAUGGAAAGAUUCUAAUUGAGGUUGAUCAUCUACAAGAUGUCCCUGGCCCAUAUAUUCAGAUCAAGGGUGUUAAUAAAGAUGCAGUGGCAGCAGCGGGUUCAAUGCUUGAAUUGGAUGGCUCAUAUACAACUAAGAGUUAUCUUGAAAUAAUUUUAGAAAGACUACCAACAAUAGAAAGAACUUCUGGUGGGAUUAACUCUCAGCAAUCAGCAAGGCUGCUAGAGAUUAUUGAAUUUAUUCAAUCUCAGGGGUGCAGCUCUCCUUCAGAAUCAUCACCAAGUAGGGGAGUCUCUCCAAUUGAAGGGGCUAUUGAGGAGAUGCAAUCAAGGAUUAGAAGGCUUGAGAGGUGGCUUGCUAUAAAUACGGUUCUAUGGACAUUUCUAAUGUCUGCCCUUGUUGGUUUUUCACUGUAUCAAAGGAGGCGUCAGUGAUGGUCUUGCAAGUUUUCAAGAUCAUGCAUUGGCAUUAUUGUCUAGUAACCUUGAAAUAUAAACAGGGCUCAGUUUUUUGAAUGGUGAGUCCAUGCAAACUAAAUGGUCACUAACCCCUUUAGAAUGGAACGCGGUUCGUCAAUUUCAAAGAGUGAGAAAAGUGUUGAUUGAUUAAUAUGCACAUUAUUUGUUGGCAGAAAUGAGAUACAGGUUAUUCAAUAAUAAGUAAUGUAGAUAGACAAACGCGAAAAAGAAUAUAUUGUAGAUAUAUAUUUAAGUACUGCUUAUGCGUCCUAAGUUGAACUGUCAUUUUA